AUGUCUACCCGGUCACAAACAGUUUGGCGUGUUGCAUCCACCCUAGCUACCGGCACGGCUAUUGUUGCUACAUCCAUCUACGUCAGUCGCACGGCGCGACGCAUCACUGCAUCCUCCAAAUUGGGUGUUACGGAUGAAAAUGUUGCGGAACCAUCUUUUGUCGAGUCCCACACCAUUCACAACUAUGUCAACCCUCUGAAUAAAGCAAGUCGGGUGUUGGACACGCACAGCGUGACACUCACUGUGCCGCUCAACAAGGGCAUCUCGGAUGAGACAAUCUUGGCGCAAGCGACGAAGAGUUUCUUCAAUGGCUGGGUCUUUUAUCCCGAAGCAACAGCUUUAGGUCUAUCCAAGCCAGAGGACAGCAAAUACUCGAAGCUUGCUUCCACUACAGUGCCUGCACACAUAUGGAGCGCUUCAGAGCUUUCUGAAAAUGCACUUCCUGGGCUGCAUACGGUUCUAUUCGGCCUGUUUCGGCUGGCCGACAUUCAUCUUGCCGAUGAGGCGAGCAAGGCACCAAGCAGCUCUGGGCAAAGCCACGCCGAUUUCUUGUUUGGGUCCGACAUGACUACUUUUGCGGGAUGUCAUAGAAUCAGCGUGGAGCGACAGGAAGUGGACGCCACUGAAGGGACGCAGAGGAUAAAGGUGCAGUUGCAGUGCUACGCUUGCAAUCCCAAGAGCGACGCCACCGGGAGCAGCGUCCUACUGCGGUUUCACAGAUUAUACGCCUCGGCGCUGUUUAGAGAAACUGCUGGGCAAGUAAAUCGCUGGUUGCAUCUCAGCGACGGGGUCACUGCUUCAUGA